AUGCGGCAGCAAAACGACGCCCUGGUGCGCGUAUUAGAGCGAGAGCGGCAGCGCGCCGACAAAGCGGUGGUGCAGGUGUCGGAGCUGCAGGCUGCCCUGAAGGAGCUUCAGAUAGAGAACCAGGUCGCGCUGAGCACGCUGCGCCAAGACAACGCGGGGCUCAGGGCCCUGGUGCGGCGGCUGCAGGCCGGCACCGGCUAUGAGCCAGUCUUUGAGGCGUACGAGGCAGAACUGCACCGCAUGCAGGCCUCAGCUGCAGCAGCUGAGGCCGCCAACGCUGCGCUCGCGUCUGAGCUGGCUUCCUCUGAGCUGGAGCUCAGGGCGGCGCUGUCGCGGGAGAAGCGUGGAGUUGGCGGGGCAGGCUUGCGGCGGCGGCACGGGAGCGCGGACGGCACCUGCGGCAUAAUGCAGGAGGCGGAGGAUGCUGAGGUGGUGCAGAGGGCGGUCGCGGCAGCCGCCCCGGGGCGGAUUCGCAGCACCAGCCCGUCGCGCCGUGGCUGCGCGGCGGCUUGCGGCGGAGGUGGUGGCAGUGGCGUUGGUGCAGGCAGCCCUGAUGCGCAGGGCGUGCGCGUGCUGCGGCAGAAUAUGCGACGCCUGGAGACGCGCGCGGCUGCGCUAGAAGAGGAGCUGGCGGUGUCCCAGCGGCGCUGCCUCGCGCUGUUGCGGUACCAGCACGCCUUUGACGGUGUGUCCCAGCGGCUGCGGCGAGCGGAGGCCGACUCGCGCCGCACCGAAAACGCAGCAGCCGCGGCGCACACACGUGCAGAUGAAGCAGAGGCGCGGUUGAGUGCGGCUGAGGCACGAGCGGCUGCAUUGCAGUCUGAGCGGGACGGCCUGGAAGCUGCCCAGAUGGUGAUGGCCCGGCAACUGGACGAGUUUGGAGCGCAGCUAGCCGACCUGCGGCGCGGCACGCGGGGCCAGCGCUUCCUGGCAGGCACAGCCACCGAUGCGGCGGCGGCACCACCCGGCUUGGCAGCGACCGCAACGCCUCCCAUUGCACAGCGCCGUGCCGGGCGCCUGGCGUUGUCACCGGCAGCAGGCCACGGCCACUCAUCGGCUCAGCCGCUGAUCAGCCAGGUCGGCGACCUGCUGCUGACCCUGACGUCCGCUGUUCGGAGCUUUCGCCAGUUCCGCAAUGCAACUGCUACGCACCGCACCUCGCGGGCGGCGGCCAACGAGCCGGCCGCAAUCAGCGGCGAGCCCUUUUCGGCGCGUGUCCUCUCGGUCACAGCAAGCGGCGGCCCCGUCUACGAGUGGAAGGCCAUUGCGGCGGCCUCUCAAGACAAGCUCACCGUUGAAGCCAACACCACCGCCAACGUGACAUUCACGACGCGCUACCAGCGCAACGAGACGGCAUUUGCCCCCUACACCCUCAAGGGUCAGGUGGAGCUGCGCAACCUCAAGGCAGAGCAUGUUGUGCUGGAUGGCCCCGUCAAGGUUGUUGUGUCCCUCAAACGGCCACCUGGCGUCACCACGGGACCAGAGGUCAUUCAAACCCCUGUCUAUGCGGCGUGCGGCAAGGUUGCACCCAUCAAGGUGCCAGCUCGGCGAGGCAGUCAUGCAGGCACAAUCAAGUGCAGCUUCGAAACAAGCCUGCCGCAGGCUGAGGCGCUGAUGCGUGCGGCAGAGGCGGCUAGGGAGGCCGCAGCGGCGGCUGCGGCACUGGGCAGCCAGGAGGCAGGGCGCCUCAGCAAUGGGACAGAGGCAGCGGCAGCGGCGGCUGCGCAGGAUGCCACUGCCCCUGGCAACGCCACCGCUGACCAGGCAGCCAAGGGGGUUUCAAACUCAACUGGAUUUGCGCCUGCAAAUCCAAGCACGAUUACAAACACCUCAGCAGUCCCGGCCUCUGAUGCUGCGGCGGUGACCGCCAACGGCAGCAGCACGGUCAGCGUGGCGUCGAUUGACGGAGGGGCGGCCAACGCAGCUGCGACGGCGGCCACGGAGGCCUCGAUUGCCAACACCGCUGCUGGCGUCCUGCCGGCUUACACUGUCGUGGGCGCUGUCCCGUCUGGCUCCGCGGCAGCUGGGCCAGGCGUGGACGCCGCAGCCCUCACUGCUGCGGCUGCUGCUGAGCCGAUCGUGCCGGACGUGUCCAUCUCAGUACUAGCUACACCGCUGACCGGCGCGGCUUCAUCAGCCAGCGAUGCUGCUGCUGCCGCGGCGCCCGCCGUCAGCGAGCCCUACAAGGCAAUCUUUGAGGUCCCAGAAAAGGCCUGCGUCGUCGCGUCCGAGGCGUUGAAUGGCCCCCUGGCAAAAUAUCUCAUCCCCUCGAGCUCGUCCAUCACCCAAGGGCUGCGCACCAUCUGCGGAAGCGGCGGACAGUAUUCGUACGACGCGCAGCUUGGAAACUUUGACGCCUCCGCCUGCGGCACCAACACGCUCACCAACGCUCCAGGCGUUGCGCACGGCGGUGCGGCGGCGCCUGUUGACACGGCCAGCGCUGCAACGGUGCACAUCAAUGUGGUAGGCUGCAACCACACGCGGAUUGCAAGGCCAGACAUCUCUAUCACCAAGCUGCAGGUUGUCAAUCUCUUCAACACCACGUGGCGCGUGCUCGCCCAUGCUGCGCCAGCGACCUUAGAGGCUGGUGCAGGAGGCGGGCGGGUGUUGCGUGUGCCUGUCAACGGGACGGCCGCGGCGCGAUUCGUGGUCAACCUGGUCAAGGGGCCACCUCAAGAGCUGGGAUACCGCCUCAGGGGUGAAAUCAGCGUCGCCACCGCCUCCCUCAUUCCAAGCGUGCUAUCCGUGGCGCGCGUCGCCAUCACCAGCGCCGCCGGUGCUACAUCUUACGUCGACCUCCACUGCCCUCCGCCCGUCAUCAUUGGCUCCACGCGCUGCGCAUUUGACGCACCCUGGCCCGCCGGCGGCGCCGGCUCUGUCCAGGCGCAGCUUAGGACGUUUGCCUCUCGAGCUUGGGAUGUCACCAGCGGCACGCCAAAAGCCUUUGACUUCUCCAGGGCACAGGAUAUGGACCUGGGAGCCUGCGUCAGCGUCGAGCGCACCUACACGGGGCGCUCCAUCAUCAACGGGACACACUGGGUUGCACCGGGCAAGCCUUUGGCCGGCCUGGUCAGCGGCGUUGACUCCUUGUUGGGGACAGUGGGCGUGAACCUUACGCACUACGGCUUGCCGGCCAGUUCCGUCGGCGAGAUCACACGGCUGCUCAACCUGCCCGUUGGGCGCCGCCGCCGUGUCUUGCUUGCCGGUGGCGAGGGCGAGGUGCUGGUCGGCCGCGCGGCCAACGCCAAUGCGACCUCCGCGGUGAUGGGCGGCAGCGAGGCCGAGGAUGUGUCUGAUCCGUUCGAUGCAGCCGCGCUGGCACUCAUGCCGUUCGUGCACCCCCUCAAGGUGCUGUCAGGCGCCGUGCCACCUGGCCCCAGGUCGGGCAACCCCUUGAAGUUCUGCAGCAAUCACACGCUCAGCUGGACAGAGUUGUUUGGAGGUGCCAAGGUUGACGCCUGCGGAGACAUGUACAACGCCCUCAGCAACCUCCUGAUCACGCCUGACUUCUCAGGCGCCGGCGCGCAGCCCGUCCUGUCGCGCAACGUGAGCCUUCCCGUGCUUAUUGCGGGCUGUGCGCUGACACCGACCGCCAAGCUACUGGCGAUGCACUCCGCGGCCGCCAAGGCGCACACAUGGAGCGUCUCGGCCCAGCCGCAGGACAAGAAGACCAUUGACAUCAGCCAGCCGUCCCACAAGCCGGCUGUGGCCAAGUUCCAGGUCACAUUCAACCGCACCACCACCUUGACAAACUUCACCCUGGAGCCGGCCAUGGUCCUGCUCAACCCCUUCGCCAAGCCCCUGAACGUGGCCGGUGUCUACGCAACCAUCUCCAUCAACGGCCUCCCAGAUGUCGUAAGCGCGCUCCUCUGCAAGGGCGCGGUGAACGGCAGCACAUCGUUCGUCCUGCCGCCCACGCCCAGCGCGGGUGUGCCCGUACCCAUUGGGUGCGUGGGCUCCAUCCCUUUGCCAGGGCCCGCAAUCGGCACCAUAUCGGUCACCACCGUCACCACGUCUGCUGGCAACAUCACCAGCCCGCACGCCCUUUUUGAUACAAUCAGUGGCGUCGACGACAUCUCAGCAGAAGAGGGCCGCUGCGCCACCGUCACGGGUGCUUUUGCCGGCGGCCGUCCCGCUGGCUCAGUUGGGCCCGCGCCAGUGGUGGCGGGUCUGGUGCCGGCCAAGGUGGGCGGCAACAUGCCGCCACAGUCCAAGGUUGAGCUGUGUGAGCCGCGCAAGUUUGUGUUCAACGCGACUUUUGGCCCCUUUGCUGACAAGUUCACUUCUUGUGGCAGCUUCAUGGCCCGCUAUGUGGCCACCAUUCCCGGUGCAAGGAAGUCUUCCUCCGCCUCCACCCCCAUCAACGUGCGAGGCUGCGCCGCGCCUCUGCCACUGCUGAGCCUGGCGUCCCUCAAGCCGGUAAACGUGGUGUCUUCCUACGCCUGGUCUGUCACCCGCAAGCUUGUGCCCCAGGCCACGCCCAAGUUCAACGGACUGCUGUCUUUGCGCCACGACCAGUCCCAGCUGCUGGACCACGUUGUCUCCUUCACGCGCUCACCCGCCAGCAAGGCGGCGGUCAGCAAGCACCAUGCGGUCGGGGUGGUCAACAUCACCAACCCCAGCGACAAGCUUACUCUUGCAAUUGCAGGGGUUCAUGUCUUGCUUGUUCACAAGGGCGCACCCAACAUCACGCUCAACGCAAAGUGCCCAGGGUCAGGCAAGGGCGGCGCAGUCUCACUGCGGCCGCUGGAGACGCUGCGCUGCACGUUUGACGGGGUCGUUGCUGAUGCGCGGCCGUCGCUGGCACAGGCCGUUGCACUGCUUGCCGAUGGCCGUCACGCCUCUUCCACCAACGCCCCGCGGGCGCUGAGCUUUCAAAACGCUCAGAAUGCAUCAGAGGGCGACUGCGCCAACGUGUGGGACGACUUCCGGCUGCUGAGCAGCCCGUGGGUGGCAAAGGCCGGCUCGCUCCAGGCGGCGAAUCUGCGGUAUGUUGGAGAGCAGCCGCCGAGCAUUGAGCUGGGAGAAGCCCCUCUGAGAAUCUGGUAG